AUGAAUGCAACUUUUUUGAUGAUCAUGACCAAGUUAUCAAUUUCGAUCCUAUCUCCGACACUUUAUUUCUACAUAAUCGGUGUUCUUUUAGUAAUUGCACGGCAACAAAGGUUGGAUGUUGCGUUUACUACCAAAUUGGCAAGAAUAGUUCUAUUAUUCAACGCAAAUUCUGCUGUACAAAGUGCAAAGGCACAGGACAUGGCCAAAUUUCAUAUACAGAAGUUGACACAGAUAACUUAA